AUGAAGAUAUCUCUUCUAAAUUCAUCUGUCUUCGUCCUUGUUUUAACUCUUUCCUUUUCUGUUUCCUGGGGUGCCUUAUCUUCCAUUCUUGAAGUUACACCAGGUUCUGAAGAUUUCAUCAUCUGCCUAGAAUUCAACUCCAAGAACUUCGCUUCUGACUCUCAACUCAUUGUUACACCUGCCAAUGCUUCUUUCCUACCCGUUUGGGAAGUUGCAAUCCAAAACACUAGGUUCCUUAAACCUUCCACUCCAAAACCAUCAGUCAUCGUGACACCUGUGAAUGAAACACUCAUCCAAACGGCUCUAUACUGUGCCAAGAAACAUGGCUAUGAGAUCAGGAUCAGGAGUGGGGGCCAUGACUAUGAGGCCCUCUCAUACAGCGCUGAUGUGCCAUUUGUUAUGCUUGAUUUCACCAACAUGAGGUCUAUAGAUGUGGACGUGGCAAACAGUACUGCAUGGGUCCAGACAGGCGCUACGCUUGGUGAACUCUAUUACGCUAUUUCUCAGAAAACCGACACCUUGUUCUUCCCUGGAGGCACUUGCCCCACGGUGGGUGUAGGCGGGUACAUGGGUGGUGGUGGCUAUGGAAACCUGUUGAGGAAAUACGGUGCUGCUGCUGAUAAUGCUGUGGAUGUUCGCUUCGUGGAUGUCAAUGGAAACAUUCUUGACAGGAAGUUGAUGGGUGAAGAUUUGUUUUGGGCUAUUCGAGGAGGUGGUUCUUCUAGUUUUGGAAUUGUUCUUGCUUGGAAGCUGAGGUUGGUUCCGGUUCCACCAACGGUAACUGUUUUUCAAAUAAACAAAACUUUGGAAGAAGGUUUAACUAAAUUUUUUUAUAAAUAUCAAUAUGUUGGGCCAACUAUCGAUAGAAACUUGCUUAUAAGAACUCAGGUGCUUAGCGAAUAUAUAGGCAACAGUACCAAGAAAACCAUCCGAAUUUUGUUUGAAGGAGUUUAUCAGGGAACAAUCGACGCAUUGCUUCCAUUGUUGGAUAAAAAGUUUCCAGAGCUCGGUAUCACACGAGAGAUUUGUGAAGAAAUGCCUAGCGUCCGGUCGAUAGUUGUGUUUUGGGGCUUGCCAAUCUCCACCCCAGUCGAGAUUCUGACAAACCGAUCUGCCAUAACCAAGCUGAACAAUAAAGUUAAAUCAGACUAUGUUCGGACACCUAUCCCCAUAACUGGGCUCAAAAAGAUCUGGAAUAAGUUUAUGGAAAACGACGAAUCAGCGCUUUUGAUGAUGUAUCCGUUUGGUGGAAGGAUGAAUGAUUACUCAGAGACAGCAAUUCCAUAUCCUCACAGAGCUGGGGUGUUAUUUCAGGUUCUCAAGACUGUCAAUUUUAACGGUCAAACUUCAGACACAACCCCCACAUCGCUCUCGAGGUUAGCUUGGAUGCAAAGCUUGGAAGAGUUAUUGACGCCUUAUGUGUCAAAGAACCCAAGGGAGGCAUAUUCCAACAACAACGAUCUGGACUUGGGUGUUGGAAAUGCUAAUUAUAAAGAAGCGAGCGUUUGGGGAGAGAGGUACUGGAAGAGAGGUAAUUUUAAGAAGUUAAUUAGAAUCAAGGCCAAAGUUGAUCCACAUAAUUUCUUUAGGCACCCCCAAAGUAUCCCAGUUUUCACGUCACCUCUCUCAAGUUUCAAAUAA